GUCUUCUGACAAAUCAGUGCCAGAACCAAGGUUUUGUGUUGGAUGGAUUCCCAGAGACGGAUGACCAGGCAAGAAUGCUCUUCUUGGCUGGGGAGGAGCUCGGUGAGUUCUACGGCGAGGAACCGGGCGAAGAUGGAAAGGACAUCCUUGACCCCAGAAUUGUCCCAGACAAAAUAAUCGUUCUGGAAGCUUCUGAUGAAUUUUUGAUCCAACGAAUGCUCACCAUUCCCACGGCUCAACUUCAAGACAGGCACCAGGACAAAGUAUUUCCUGGCGUGCUGCAGGCUUACCGCAAGAAGAUGGACAACUACGACAGCACUGCCCUGCACUACAUGGACCUUCAGGAAAUGAUUUAUUAUUCAAUUGAUGUCACCGCUGACAGCAGUGCUAACCUUCCAAACAUCAUCUUGAGAAUUUCGGAUUUGCUGGGAAAGCCUCACAAUUAUGGGUUAACGUUCGAACAAGAGAACGCUUUAAAGAAUGCUCAGCAGUUGGAGGCGGAGAAAGUUUCGACGAUCGAGAAAGAGGAUUUGGCUCAGAUUGAAAGCAAAGAGUUGGAAGAUCGGAGAAACAAUAUUCAGCAAUGGAUGGAAAAACUGGCCAAGAUCAAGCGAGAAGAGUUUGAGAGGGAGGAGGCAGCCAUGAUUCCGCUUCGUCACUAUUUGAUGGCUCACGUCGUCCCCACUCUCACCAAAGGUCUUAUCGAGGUCACACGAGUGCGACCUUAUGACCCCGUCGAGUUCUUGGCGGAGUUCAUGUUUCAACAUAAUCCUGGCAGCAUCAACAACGCGAAUGCUCAAAAGUUCAGGGAUGAGAUGAUUAAGAAACGAGGAACAACAAAGUGAUACAAAGUGAUUGCACCUAUUUGUAAACUCUACAAAAAAAUUAGCCACUACAUAUUAAUUGAUAACCACAUUGAUAAGCAAUUGAUAAGUAUUUCACUCCAGACUAAAAUAUACUUGGCAAAUUUAUAGCCAGCUAAAAGCAACUAGUCCUAAAAGUAUAAACGAUAAAGAAGAUGAAGAAAUUGCAAUCUUGGAUAAAUUUCGCAUUAGUAGUUGGAAGAGUAUUUCACUUUGAAAUCUGAUUUCGUUACGCGUAUAAAAUGUCGAAAUACAUAAUUUGAGUAAUGU